AUGGCACCUCAAAAAUUGGGCAGCGUGCGCCACAGGGGCAGGCCAGCAGCAUCAGCUCGCCUUGCCCCUUUCCGAGACGACACAGGUUUGGUUGCACUACGGUACGAGGAAACCAAGCAGGCAGAACCCCCGAUCCCCCUCCCUCCGCCACGAAACCCGCGUCGCCUAGCCCGCACCCAGUCGACAUUCACAUCAUCAACUGCCCCGACAUCUCCCAUCACCAUCAACCCGCCGCCGAUAGCUCCACCGCGAGAGGAACAUCCGCUAUUCCGCACGCAGAGGCCAUCGCGGCCGUCGAAGACCGAGGAGUGGAAAAGAGACUCGGGCGCCCCGACAUCGUCGUCCAUCACCCUCCGGGAAGAGGACGGCGACGAUCCUGUCUAUCAGAAAAUAGUGGAUGACAUCGCCGAUACUCCAUCGGUGUAUUCCGAUGACGAGGAAGAGAUCGUCAACCCACCCCAGUCGACCCUCAUCAGCCAAUUCGCACCCCCGCCGCUGACGCUGACGGUUUCCAUUCCGCCUCGCCCCGAGAAUCCAGAAUCUGCUGUCACCUCGCCGACGCAGUCAGUGUCGUCGCCUUCACGACGCACUUCAUUUACCACCAAAUUCAGCAAGGGCUUCGGGGUUGGAAUGACGAGUAGCGGACCGAAGAAGCUGCGGAAAAAGAUGCUUGGCGGCGACAGGGCUGCAGCACAGGCAGCGCCUCCCGUGACGGACCCGUUGCGGGGCUCGGUUAGGUCACCCAAAUCGCCUAAGCUCCCCCCACAGGCGACAGGGCCAGAUGUGCCAGGCGUGCUGGGGCCUUUGAGCGCCGACAGGGAAGAUCCCCAGACCCCUUUCUAUUCUGCGACAACCUCCGAUAAAUCUUUUGCGCCGAUCAACACCCCUAUCCCGGACGACAGUCUAUGGGACGACUUCGGUGCUCUUUCAUUCUCCAAGCGGGGGAGCAUCAUGUUUGGCGGCAAGAAUAGCCUCUUUAAGUCGCUAAUGAUGUCUACCCCCGAUGCCAAAUCCGAUGCGCCUCCCGCCAACGAACAGCAACAUCAACAUCAACAUCAACACGCGACCACUGCUACAUUCACGCCGUCCGAUCCCCAAACACCGACAACCGUGGCCGACAAUGACAAUGUCAUCACCACCUCUCCCGAGUCGCGCCCUGGGAAGACCGACGUGGCCGGCGCGGCCGACGUGAUGGCAGAACAGCCCCGUGCGCCGCCGCCGGUCGACGCACCGUCCGUUCCCAGCAUUCGCGUCUCGUCGAUGGAUGUAGAGAGGGAAUCACAAAAGGUUCGAAGGGAGUACGAGCGCGCGGGAGGCAUCGAAGACUGGGCCGAUCUCGACGGCUCCGAAGUUGACCGCUAUGGCUUCAUCAACCCCAGGCGCCCCGUGUCGCGCGCCGAGUCGUCCGUGCCGAGGUCGUCGCCGCUUUCGACCAGGAAGAGGAACGUCUUGACGAAGCGCCCAUCUACGUCCUACUCGUCGUCACUGCCUGGCGGCUUCAUCCGUCCUCCCAGCCGAAAGUUUUCGGCGCGGUCGCUGAACACGUAUUCGUCCGAGCUGUCGACCAUCUCCCGACGAUCUACCCGGUCGUCGAUCCGCUCAGCCACCAACCGUCUUCCGCACAAUCGCGAUCGUCGAUGGAUGGACGAGGCUAGUGAGAUGCUAUCCCUGCAAGCAGGCCUAACCGGCAUUACCGACGACGAAAAAAUGGGAAAGAUGCUCGAGGCGCAGAAACGUAAGGAGGCAGAGCGCUCCGAGAAAUGGCGGAAAAUGGCCACCGCCGUCAAAACUGGCAUUGCGAGCAGCAGCAAAGACAACAACGCCCCCGACCCCGGACUCGAAUCCCAGCCUUUUGAAGGCCCGCAAGGCAAGGGCAUCGCUGCCGCGCACAACUACAACCACAUCCACAACAAGACCCCGCGCGAGACAGAGGACUACCUCAUUGCCGAGUUCCGCCGCUUGCAGGCCGUUGCCUCGCCCGAUGACGUGCAAAUCGACCUGGACGUGCCGCGUACCGUCAAUGGCCACAUCAUGUUCCGCCGCCGCUACCGCGGGGGUCAGCGCUUGUUGUUUCGCGUGCUGCACGCCAUCUCGCUGUACUUUCCCGGUACCGGAUACGUGCAAGGUAUGGCCAGCCUUGCCGCGACGCUACUGUGCUAUUUCGACGAGGAGAGGGCCUUUGUCAUGUUAGUACGGCUAUGGCGGUAUCGCGGACUAGAACGGCUGUACCAACCCGGGUUUGAGGGGCUGAUGAGCGCGCUGAAAGAGCUCGAGGAGCGGUGGUUGAUGGGGGCGGGGAAGGAUAUAGCGACGAAGCUCCAAACGGAACUCGCUAUCGACGCAACCGCCUACGGAACCCGCUGGUACCUAACGCUCUUCAACCUCUCCAUCCCCUUCCCGGCCCAACUCCGCGUCUGGGACGUCUUCAUGCUCCUCGGCGACUGCCCGCCCGAGCCAACCCCCGCCCCGUCCCCCACCCCCAUCGCAGCGGCCGCCGCGUCAGCAGCGUACACCAUCGUCGCCCCCCCUCCCCUCAUUGGGGACGCGACGGCGGCCCCCAAGGGUCUUGACAUCCUGCAUGCGACGGCCGCCGCCCUCAUCCACGCCCUGCGCGACGUGCUUCUGGAUUCGGACUUUGAGAACGCCAUGAAGGCCCUGACCGCAUGGAUUCCCGUGCAGGAUGAGGACCUGCUGAUGAAGGUGGCGCGGGCUGAGUGGCGCCGCCAUCAAGGGCGGGCAAGGUUGUGGGAGUGGGAGGGGUGGGAGACGGGGAGGGGGAAGGAGAGGAAAGAGAAGGAGAAGGGGAAGGGGGAGAAAGAGGCUGCUACUGGCAAGGAGAAGGGGGCGAAGGGUGGUGUUUUGCCGUCGGGUGCUGGGAAGGAGAGUAUAGCGAACGAGGGGGAGGGGAAAUUGAAGGGGGAUGGGGUGGUCAAGGAAAAGAAAAGCAGGGGGAUGGGCAUGGGCAGGUUAUGGGAGCGCGGGGGACACGAAAAGGAUAAGGGAAAGGAUAAACAAAAGGAGAGGAAGGGCACGGAAACGGCUUAG